ACGAACAUUCUCCGCUGCCGUUUUUUUGGGGGCGGUGAGGGGCGUUUUUAAUUUUAAUUUUUUGGUGGAGUGUGCACGAGUUUAUGGGGCUGAUGGAUUUUUGGAUUAUCAUGAGUGCGGGACUCAAGGUUUCUCCUAAAGACGAGUGAUGAUAAAAGUGAAAAUUGUUGUUAAUGAAGAUGGCAGCUGCUUUGGGAUUGGUACUAAUUUGCAGUUCUUUGGUUUCUAGUGCUUUACCUCCAGUGAUACGAAUAGGUGCGAUAUUUACGGAGGACCAGAAGGACAGCAGCGUGGAGUUGGCGUUCAAGUACGCCGUGUACAAAAUAAACAAGGACAGGGAGCUGCUGCCGAACACCACCCUCGUCUACGACAUCCAGCAUGUGCCACGCGACGACAGCUUCAGGACAUCGAAAAAGGCUUGUCGUCAGAUGGAAUUCGGCGUGCAGGCGAUAUUCGGCCCGUCCGACCCGAUAUUGGGCGCCCACAUCCAGAGUAUCUGCGAGGCGCUGGACGUUCCACAUCUGGAGGCCCGCGUCGACUUCGAGCCAAUAUCAAAAGAGCUGUCGAUCAAUUUGCAUCCGAGCCAGGAGCACAUGAACAAGGCGUUCAAGGACCUGAUGACGUUCCUGAAUUGGACCAAGGUGGCCAUUAUAUACGAGGAGGAUUACGGACUGUUCAAGCUGCAGGAAUUGGUUAAGGCCCCCGCGGCGGCCCGGACGGAAAUGUAUAUCAGACAGGCGAACCCCGCGUCGUAUCGGCAAGUGCUACGCGAGGUCCGACAAAAGGAAAUAUUCAAGCUCAUCGUCGACACGAAUCCGAAGCACAUCCCGCAUUUUUUCCGUUCGAUACUUCAGCUGCAAAUGAAUGACUACAGAUACCACUACAUGUUCACCACCUUUGAUUUGGAAACAUUUGACCUGGAAGAUUUCAAAUACAAUUCUGUAAAUAUAACUGCUUUCCGAAUAGUCGAUGUGGAGGAUCCGAAAGUCAAGGAGAGCUUGGAAGUUAUGGAGAAGUUUCAGCCAAUUGGGCAUGCAAUCCUGAAUAGAAGUGGUAUAAUACAGGCGGAGCCCGCUUUGAUGUUCGACUCUGUUUAUGUGUUUGCGAGGGGUUUAUCCGAAAUGGACAAUGGAACGGGCCGUCCAAUAAAGCCGAUAAAUUUGUCGUGCGACAUUGAAAAGCCUUGGGAAGACGGGCUUAGUCUCUACAACUAUCUGGACUCGGUGAAGCAGUUCUCCGGCUUGACGGGGAAUAUAGAAUUUAAUGACGGGAAAAGAUCAAAUUUCAAAGUGGAUUUGCUGAAACUGAAGAAGGAGGAGAUAAGGAAAGUGGGACAGUGGACCCUGGACGGGGGCAUCAAUAUCACCGAUCCCAAUGCUUUCUAUGAGAAUCACGCGCCUAAUAUCACACUCGUCGUUAUGACCCGAAAGGAGCGGCCGUAUGUGAUGGUGAAGAACGACAAGAAUUUAACAGGCAACGCACGGUACGAGGGCUUCUGCAUCGACCUAUUGAAAUGGAUUGCGGGACAGGUGGGCUUCCAAUACACCAUACGACUGGUGCCCGAUAAUAUGUACGGCGUCUACGAUCCGGACAAGAAGGAAUGGAACGGCAUUGUCAGGGAGCUUAUGGAAAAGAGAGCGGACCUGGCUGUGGCUUCCAUGACAAUAAAUUAUGCAAGGGAGAGCGUAAUAGACUUCACUAAACCAUUUAUGAACCUCGGCAUUGGAAUUCUAUUCAAGGUGCCAACCAGCCAGCCGACCCGUCUAUUCAGCUUCAUGAAUCCCCUGGCGGUGGAGAUCUGGCUCUACGUACUGGCCGCUUACAUGCUGGUCUCCUUCACGCUAUUCGUGAUGGCACGCUUCUCCCCGUACGAAUGGAACAACCCUCAUCCCUGUCACCAAGAGUCCGACAUUGUCGAGAACCAAUUUUCCGUAUCGAACAGUUUCUGGUUUAUAACGGGGACGUUUUUACGACAGGGAUCCGGCCUGAACCCGAAGGCAACUUCGACGAGAAUUGUGGGCGGUAUAUGGUGGUUCUUCACGUUGAUAAUAAUCUCCUCGUACACGGCGAAUUUGGCCGCGUUCCUGACGGUGGAACGCAUGAUCACGCCCAUCGAGAGUGCCCAGGACCUGGCCGAACAGAACGAGAUCGCCUACGGGACCUUGGAAGGCGGCAGCACCAUGACCUUCUUUAGGGACUCAAAAAUUGGCAUCUACCAAAAGAUGUGGCGUUUCAUGGAGAACAAGAAGCCGAACGUGUUCGUCAAAUCGUACGACGAAGGGGUGCAACGUGUGUUGGAGGGCAACUACGCAUUCCUGAUGGAGUCCACGAUGCUGGACUACGUGGUCCAGCGCGACUGCAAUCUGACCCAGAUCGGCGGUCUACUCGACUCGAAGGGCUACGGCAUCGCGACCCCCAAGGGCAGUCCCUGGAGGGACAAGAUAUCGCUGGCCAUUCUGGAGCUGCAGGAGAAAGGGGUCAUACAAAUACUGUACGAUAAGUGGUGGAAAAACACCGGCGAUGUGUGUAAUAGGGACGAUAAAAGUAAGGAGUCGAAGGCGAAUGCGUUGGGGGUGGAGAACAUAGGUGGAGUCUUCGUGGUGUUGCUCUGUGGAUUGGCUCUGGCCAUCAUGGUGGCCAUCCUGGAGUUUUGCUGGAACAGCAAGAAGAACGCCCAGACUGACCGUCAGUCUCUUUGCUCUGAAAUGGCAGAGGAACUGCGGUUUGCUGUCAGAUGCCACGGGUCCAGACAAAGACCUGCUCUUAGAAGAUCGUGCACCAGGUGUAGUCCAGCCACCACCUACGUGCCAGCUGCUCUUGAUCUACCCCACCUAAACGGAGAGGGAGUCAUUUUGCCGAUGAUGGAGGUAAAAAAGUCACCGGUCCCAUACGACCUGGACACCUAGCAGCGACCGGGCGGCGGCGGCUACGGCGGCUUCGCCUGCACCUCGAGCGCCAUCCGCGACUGCUGCGGCGGCCCGUCCAACUCGCGACCGCAGCGCGCCGCCACCCUGAACUACCGUUCGGCGCCCCAGUGUCCGGAGGUGGGCGUGCGCAGUUCGACGCUGGGCAGGGGCGUGGCGCCGCCCCAGAAGCAGAACACCUGUGAUGUCGUGCCGAGUGGCGGUGGUGGUGUGAUGGUGGGGCGGGACGAUGUGCCGGACAAAAUUCUGUGGAAGUUCGAUUGUGAUAUAACUAGUCCAGAUGUGGUCAACCGGACACUGCCCGACGCGAUUGUAAGUAGGACCACGACUUUGUGAUAUCUAGGUAGAUAGUUAUAUUAUAAUUGGUAUAAGUAGGCCCUAUUAUCAACAUUGUUCGUAAUAGAUGGGUGUGUGUAAUUAAUGUGCUUAAAAAUA